CGGGAGCCGAUCCGACUUCCGGGUGGCGGAGCCGCACGCCGGCGGCAGCUCGCUCUUCCUUCCCCCGCCCCCUGAGCGCCCCUCUGCACCCCCUCCUCUUCUCGGCCCGGCCCCACCCGCCGACAUGAACAGCUCGGACGAGGAGAAGCAGCUGCAGCUCAUCACCAGCCUAAAGGAGCAAGUGUGACAAGAUUAGGCAAGAACGAGAUGAAGCUGUUAAAAAACUGGAGGAAUUUGAAAAAAUUUCUCACAUGGUGAUAGAGGAAGUUAAUUUUAUGCAGAACCAUCUUGAAAUAGAGAAGACUUGUCGAGAAAGCGCGGAAGCUUUGGCAACAAAGCUAAAUAAAGAAAAUAAAACACUGAAGAGAAUCAGCAUGCUAUGCAUGGCAAAGCUGGGACCGGAUGUGAUAACUGAAGAGAUCAACAUCGAUGGUGACGAUUCGGCUGCGGACACAGAAGGUGCCGGAGAGACGUGUGUCUCAGUGCAGUGUCAGAAGCAAAUCAAAGAACUUCAAGAUCAAAUUGUAUCCAUUCAGGAGGAAAAGAAGACUUUAGCCAUUGAACUGGAAAAUCUCAAGAGCAAACUUGCAGAUGUAAUUGAAGAAGUAAAUAAAGUCAAGCAGGAAAAAGCUGUUUUGAAUUCAGAAGUUCUUGAACAGAGAAAAGUCUUAGAAAAAUGCAAUAGAGUGUCCAUGCUAGCAGUAGAAGAAUAUGAGGAUAUGCAAUUAACUCUGGAGCUGGAAAAGGAUCUUCGAAAGAAAGCAGAGUCUUUUGCACAAGAGAUGCUCAUUGAACAAAACAAGCUCAAGAGACAAAGCUGCCUUCUGCUACAGACCUCUGCUCCUGACCAGCAGCUUUUGAAAGCGUUAGAUGAAAAUGCCAAACUCACCCAGCUCCUUGAGGAAGAAAGAAUUCAGCAUCAACAAAAGGUCCAAGAAUUAGAACAACAACUAGAAAGUGAAGCCCUCCACAAGGAGAUUCACAGCCUCAAACAGCAGCUGGAACUCCUAGAAGAGGAUAAAAAGGAAUUGGAACUGAAGUAUCAGAAUUCUGAGGAGAAAACCCGGAAUUUAAAACAUUCUGUGGAUGAGCUCCAGAAACGGGUGAACCAGACGGAGAACUCAGUACCUCCUCCACCUCCUCCUCCACCACCACCUCCCCUGCCACCUCCCAAUCCAAUCCGAUCGCUCAUGUCCAUGAUCCGGAAACGAUCUCUCAGCAGCAGCGGGGGCUCUAAGAAAGAAAAGGCGGCCCAGUCAGAAACAGGUGAAGAAGUCACAGAUCUGAAGAGACAAGCCGUUGAAGAAAUGAUGGAUAGAAUUAAAAAGGGAGUUCAUCUUAGACCAGUUAAUCAAACAGCCAGACCGAAGGCCAAGCCAGAAUCUUCCAAACCCUCUGAAAGUGCAGUGAAUGAACUGAAAGGAAUACUGGGGACACUAAACAAAUCCGCUAGUACAAGAAGCUUAAAGUCCCUUGACACUGAAAACAGUGAAACUGAGUUAGAAAGGAUUUUGCGUCGAAGAAAGGUGACAACAGAAGCAGAUAGCAGUAGUCCAACCGGAAUGUUAGCCACCUCAGAGUCUAAAUCCAUGCCAGUGUUGGGUUCUGUAUCCAGUGUAACAAAAACAGCCUUGAUCAAGAAAACUCUGGAGGCAGAAUUCAACAGCCAGUUCCCCCCAACACCUGAGCCAGGUGAAAGGCCCCGUAAAUUGGAAGGAUGCACAAGUUCCAAGGUCACGUUUCAGCCUCUCAGUAACCCUGGAUGCUGGAGAAAAGCCGUGGGCGAUGCAAAACAACCUGGACCGGUUGUAGUUUUAGGUCCGAUUUCCACACAUGAACCCCAAACCAAAGAUCAGGUGGCUGAAAAAGAUGCAACUCAACCCCAGAAGGAUGAAGGCAAAAUGAAACCAGAAUGUAAAGAAGACAGCCUUGAAAAAAUCCGAGAGACAGACAGCUCCAGCUGCUGAUCUAUAAACCAGGAGGCUGACAUGUCCGGAAGUCCUUUGCAAUAAGCACAUGAUUUGUUUGGGUGUCUUGGCAAGGGCUACAGGCAUUCUUUUCUUCUAAAUCUAUUCAGAAUACAGGCUCUCUCUAAACUUUCUAAGGAGUUCAGCUAUAAACAUAAGUAAGCAAUUUAGCAAAAUACACACUCUUAAGUAGUUUUUGGUUUUGAUCUUUAUAGGGCUAAGUGUUUUUUCUAGUUACUGUAUUAAGUGUGACUUCUUUUAAAAGGGUUACAAAAAAAUCCAGAUGUUGGCAUCUUUUCAGUAAUGUACAUAUACCACUCGUCAAAUGUAAUGCUGAAUGUUUUUGGUACUUGUGGAUAACUGGAUAAACAGAACUUACUAAGUUGAUUUAAAGGCUCCCCAAAAGCUUCUGCUUGGGUCUGGUCCUGAUCCUCUUUUGAUGGAGAAAUUAUGGUAUCAUCGUGGCUUACACGUUACUCUCUCGGGCAUACUGAGAU